GAGACGAAUCGCAAGUCAAAGGGGUGAAGGAAUAGAAGCGGUGCAAAUUGAGGCAACUACAUCGAAAGCUCCUUUAUUUUCCGCCUUGAUAACCAAUCUUCUUCUACUUGUCCUACGUAGCAUCCAAUCAAUCUCCUCUCUUCUUUUUCAUCCUCUUCCGAUCUCUCUUAAUCGCUUUUAUCAAGGAUAACGCAAUUCUGAAGAUGAUAGCGGAGAUUUUGUGCUGAGAGUGUUGAGGCUUGUUUGGAAUAUAAGAAUUGCAGUGAACUGAGGUAUAUCGAGUUAAAGGAUUAGUGUUGGUUGUGUUUUAUGUGUUUUAUUUGAGUAGAGAUGUAUAGCAAUUUCAAAGAGCAAGCGAUAGUAUAUAUAAAGCAAGCAGUUGAGCAAGAUGAGGCUGGAAAUUAUCCCAGGGCGUUUUCACUAUAUAUGAAUGGAUUGGAGUAUUUUAGGACUCAUUUGAAGUACGAAAAGAAUCCUAAAGUGAAGGAAGCUAUUACACAGAAGUUUACUGAGUAUUUAAGAAGGGCGGAGGAAAUUAGGGAGGUUAUUGAUAAUGGAGGGGCUGCUCCGUCGUCGAAUGGAGAUGCUGCAGUGGCAGCACGACCAAAGACUAAACCAAAGAAUGGUGAAGGGGGAGAUGGGGAGGAUUCGGAGCAGGCUAAACUUAGGUCUGGGCUUAAUUCUGCAAUUAUUAGAGAGAAGCCAAAUGUGAAGUGGAAUGACGUUGCAGGUCUCGAGAGUGCCAAGCAGGCAUUGCAGGAGGCUGUCAUUUUGCCGGUCAAAUUUCCACAAUUUUUCACAGGAAAAAGGCGACCCUGGAGGGCUUUCCUCUUAUAUGGUCCCCCUGGAACAGGAAAGUCAUAUCUAGCAAAAGCAGUUGCCACUGAAGCAGAUUCAACCUUCUUUAGCAUUUCUUCAUCAGAUCUUGUUUCAAAAUGGAUGGGGGAAAGUGAAAAGCUUGUUUCAAAUCUUUUUCAGAUGGCUCGUGAUAGUGCUCCGUCAAUUAUUUUCAUUGAUGAAAUAGACUCUUUAGUUGGUCAACGUGGUGAAGGCAAUGAGAGUGAAGCAUCUAGGCGUAUUAAAACUGAGCUGCUUGUGCAGAUGCAGGGUGUUGGAAGCCACGAUGAGAAGGUUCUGGUUCUUGCAGCAACUAAUACCCCCUAUGCCUUGGACCAGGCCAUUAGGCGACGAUUCGACAAAAGGAUCUACAUUCCUCUGCCAGAUCUAAAGGCAAGGCAGCACAUGUUUAAGGUUCACCUGGGAGACACUCCUCACAACUUGACUGAGCGUGACUUUGAGCAACUAGCUCGAAAAACAGAAGGUUUCUCAGGUUCAGAUAUUGCAGUGUGUGUGAAUGAAGUGCUCUUUGAACCUGUACGUAAAACUCAAGAUGCUCAGUUCUUCAUUAAGGAUUCUGAUACAUGGAUACCUUGUGGACCUAGACAACCUGGUGCUAUCCAGACUAACAUGCAGGAGCUAGCAGCACAAGGUUUGGCUUCCAAGAUCCUUCCACCUCCCAUUAGCAGAACAGAUUUUGACAAAGUUUUGGCUAAACAAAAGCCAACUGUUAGCAAAGGAGAUCUGGAAGUGCAUGAGAGAUUCACCAAGGAGUUUGGGGAAGAAGGUUGAUUUAUUUCCGGAAAUGGGAGACAAGGUCAAUUUGCUGGAUUGCCUGUAUCAUAUUGUUUAUGAGACAAGAUCUUUAAGCUCAAUCCACCAGAUCAAUAAUGCUUGCAAUUCUUGCUAUAACUGUACAUCACGUUUAUUUUAUUGUAUGCGUUUAAUAUAAUUCCAGGUGGGUGUAUAGUUAAAAAAAACAACUCAUAUUAAUCUUGUUUGUAAAGCAUAGAUGAUGGAUACACGGAUCAAUUUUGUUUCGACAUA